CCGAGGUCCAGUGCGAUCUGGAAAUAGGAAGGUGGGGCGUAUUGCGAUAUUGAGUAAAUUUUAUUGUUUUAUUUUACGAAGCAUUGAUGUUACACCUGAUUUAGAUAAUUAAUUGAUUCCGUUUGCCAAGAGUAGCGAGCCAAACGCGUGAAUAAUGAAAAGGAAAAAUCUUUUUAAGCGACGGGACAGCGAUGGCUGCAAAGAAAAGGAAAGACAAACAGAGGUUGCAGCCACCAGCUGCCCUGCUUCUGCUCCCUCCACAGAUGGGUUGGGUGGCUGUGGAAGCCCCCAUUCCUCAAACGCAACCUCACAGCAAAAAAAGCUUUUAAGUUCUCGGCAGAACGAUAACAACUUCCUUCAGUUUUUAAACGACGACCGGCAGAAGACGCCGUCGUUUUGUGACCUUGUCGUUGUCGUGGACGGAAAGAGAUACAGCGCGCACAAAGUGGUGUUGGCCUUUGGGAGCAGCUACUUUCACACGCGUCUAGUUGAAAGCCCCGACACGGCCCUCCUGACUCUCGACCACAUGGACCACUCUGCCUUCCAGCACCUGCUCAAGUUUUUGUAUACUUCUGAAUUUGUCAUUUCUGAGAAGGAGAUUCCAAUGCUGGUAGAAGCUGCCACACUCCUAGACAUUAGGGAUGCUGUGAGAUUGCUCACCAGCAAAGAGGUGCCUUCCAUCUCAGGCCAGGAGCAGCAGGCACCAGUAAAGGAGAUUGAGACCAAUCCAAAGCCUACUGAGGGCAUCUCCAGGACCCCGAGCAGCAGCCGGUGUGCUCACUGCAGCCGCACCUUCUGCUACAGAAAAUCCCUGGAGAACCAUGUGGCCAGGAGGCACAGUGCUUGUGAGAGCUCCGAGGGAAGGCAGGGAGAUUCCAAUACAGAAGUGUCCCUCAUGGCCAGGAGGUCAGCACGCAGGAGGAGGUGUCCGGUCAAAUUUGAGGAGGGCGGUGCUGAAGGGGUGGUCAUGUCAGACAAGAGCAGUCCUAGCAGUGCCAACAGCGAGGAGACACCCAUUUCAGCAGCAGAAGAGAAUGGGGAGGAUGAGGAAGGAGAUGGAGAGGGCAGGGAUGUCGACAGUCAGAGUGCGUUGGACAGAGGUGAUGAACUGUACGAGGAGGAUUCAGACGAUACAGAGAAAGAUGAGCAGAAUGGUAGUGAAGCGGAGGAGCACAGUGCUGGAACUGAUGCCCUGGAUCACGUUUAUCCGGAGGGGCUGACGCCGGUUGUUGUUCAAAUUGCCAACAAAAAAAUUCUGAAAUGUCCCAAAUGUGAAAAGACAUUUGACCGAGCAGGGAAGUAUGAGAGCCACACGCGAGUUCACACUGGGGAGAAGCCAUUUCAAUGCGACAUCUGCCAACAGUGCUAUUCGACCAAGUCAAACCUCACAGUGCACAAGAAAAAACACAACAGUGAAAUACCAUUCCAAAAGAAAGAACACAAGUGCCCCUUCUGCAAUAAGCUGCAUGCAAGCAAGAAAACAUUAGCUAAGCAUGUUAGAAGGUUCCACUCUGACCAAAUUCAAGAGUUUCUUUCAAUGAAGAAGAGAAAAAGCGAAGGCUGGAAAUGUGAUAUCUGCCAUAAGUCCUUUACUCGGCGGCCCCAUCUUGAGGAGCACAUGAUCUUGCACUCCCAGGACAGGCCCUUUAAGUGCACGUACUGCGAUGACUACUUCAAGUCAAGGUUUGCACGGCUGAAGCACCAAGAGAAGUACCAUUUAGGACCAUUUCCAUGUGACAUCUGUGGGAGACAGUUCAAUGACACAGGAAACCGGAAGCGCCACAUUGAAUGCACCCAUGGAGGAAAGAGGAAGUGGACCUGCUUCAUUUGUGGGAAAUCUGUACGAGAGAGAACAACUUUGAAGGAACAUCUGAGGAUUCACAGUGGGGAGAAGCCUCACCUUUGCAGUAUAUGUGGUCAGAGUUUCCGACAUGGAAGUUCCUACAGACUACAUCUUAGAGUCCACCACGAUGACAAACGCUACGAGUGUGAUGAAUGUGGGAAAACGUUCAUCCGGCAUGACCAUCUGACCAAACAUAAAAAAAUACACUCUGGAGAGAAAGCUCAUCAGUGUGAAGAGUGCGGAAAGUGUUUUCGGCGCCACGACCACCUUACAGUACAUUACAGGAGCGUUCACCUGGGAGAAAAAGUCUGGCAGAAGUACAAAGCAGCCCUGCAUCAGUGUGAAGUCUGUAAGAAAGAAUUCAAAGGAAAGUCAAGCUUGGAGAUGCAUUUCAGGACACAUUCAGGGGAGAAACCUUACAGAUGCCCCACUUGCAACCAGACUUUUCGUAUUAAGAAGACCUUAACAAAGCAUAUGGUGAUACACUCCGACGCCCGGCCAUUCAACUGUCCACACUGCAGCGCCACCUUUAAGAGGAAAGACAAGUUGAAGUACCACAUGGAUCACGUCCAUGGAACUAAGGCACCCGAGGAGUCUCCUGCAGGGACAGGCGAGGAGAAGGCUGCUGGCCAUCGGGCCUCAUACCGUAAUGAGGUGUACCCCUCUGAGCAGAAGGCCAACAUCCACGAUGCCCCAGCUGAUGUGUGUGUACCUGUAGCACUUGUUCCUGUUCCGAUGCCAGAGGUCACCAGUCAGACUGGCCUUGUAGGGCCUGGCCCCCCACUAAUUCUCCAGUCUCAGUCAGAGGGGCAACCUACAGCAGAGUACCAGCCACCCGCUGACCUGGUUUUCUUGGAGAAAUACACGUUGACUCCCCAGCCAGCCAAUAUUGUCCAUCCGGUGCGGCCUGACCAGAUGCUUGACCCCAGAGACCAGUCUUACCUGGGUACUUUGCUUGGGUUGGAUUCUGCUGCCCCAGUACAAAACAUUUCAAAUUCUGAUCAUGCUCACUGAUACCUCUAACUUUGUCAAAAUCUGUAUACAGGGGUUUGUUAACAUAAGUAACCUUUUCUGGCCAGCGCUGGUUCUGUAUUUUACAUUCAUGUACACAUCUCCAAGAAAGUUUAAAAAUAUUCUCUACAGUACAUUGGUACUGUGGUGGAGGAGAGGAGGCCCAUUUGGGAGAGCGGAGAGAGGGUUAAUUACCUCAGAAAGAAAGAGCUGCUUACAUGUCCUAAUGAAGUAUUAUGUUGCAGAAUCAAUAUUAAUUCCAUUAACAGUAUGUGUAGGUAUAAUUCAGGCAUCUGUAUCUCUUGUACUGUUAUCAAUAAA